UCAGAAUAUCGAAAUGGCUACAUCAGAAAAUCAAAAAUAUAAGACGGAACAGGAAUACCGCGCCCAAUACGAAACACGGGUGAAGCAACUAGGGCAUGACGUCUUUGAAUGUUUCUGCACUCUGGAGCAGGACAAGAAAAUUGUAAAGGUGGCAUCGGAAUCGGAAUCGCGUAAUGACUCGGAAAAGAGAGUGGCCGUGUCCUGGCAGUAUGAUAUGAAGGGGUUUUCAUUGGAGGAGAUGACCCUUUACCAGAAGGGCAACUGCUUGUUUCUUCGUGCGUACCACAAGUCUGGUGGGAAGUCCCUGAAAGUGAAGAGCGUAAUUGUUCUCUCCGAGCAUGUGGACGACUCGAACAUAUCCAGCCAAUUUUCAUCCUGUGGCAUUCUCACCAUAACUGUGCUGCUCAAAAACCAUAUUCCUGAGGCAAAGGAUCGUUAACUUUAUAUUUUAUAU